CAAUUGCCUGGCUAUAUGGUAGUUGCAUGUUUAGUUUUAAAAGAAACUGCCAAACUAAUUUAUUUUCCAUGUACAUUUUGUAUUUCCAUCAGUGGUGUAUGAAUGAUCCAGUUUUUGUGCAUCUUCGCCAGCAUUUGAUACUGUCAGCUUUUAAUUUCAGCCAUUCCCUAGGUUCUCCUCUAAUACUCCUAGAACAGCUGCUAUAGGCAUUCUCCUAGAAGAAAACCACUUAUGCCUAGGAGUUUGGAAUCUGGCAAGGCACUUAGAGGCUCCCAGAAAAUCAGAGAAGGAAGACCUGCAGAUGGGGAAAGAUACAAGGAAAAACACUUCAACUUCAAGAAUCCUUGGUCAUCAUCUGUAAGAUGAGGUCAACUACUUCUAAACCACAAGGUUGUUCAGAAAAUUCAAAGAUGUCAGAAAUGGAUGAAUAAAGCUCAGGAGAAGCUGAGAUGGUCUUCAUGUCUUCCCCACUUUUUCCUGGCCUGUCCUGUUCAUCCCAUCCGUCAACGAUGUCUUCUACACUGAGCAGUCAGACCAUAUCUGGAGUAUUGGGCUCUGUUCCUGAUGCCUCACUGUGAGGGGCAAAGUCCCACUGGAGGUCAUGCCGAGGCGAUAACCCAGGGUGGUGUGGUGCCCGAAAAGGACGGACUCUUUCAUAGUGGGAUGCCUGAGGGCAGGUGAUGAGAAUAAAUAAAGCUGGAACCUCUCACUGGGAUGUUCUCAGGAAAAGGCCCCAGGAUGUUCCGGUUGCUUCUACUGGGCAUGUUCGUAGUGCUCUUCAUGGAUGAGGGAGACAGAGUCCUGACAUGGAAAUGGGUUCGAUUUUGCAAUUCCUGUGAACACUUUGAUGGAUCCAUUUGCCACGGUGGCAUGAAAAGUUGCUGGAAGUUUAAUUUAUAUUCGACAAACAGGAGUUGUGCCACAGAUCACUAUUACUUUAGUGAUCUCACUACAGGGAGGUAUCUGUUCCGUUAUACAACACUGUCUUGCAGGCCCUGUGAUGAGGGAAUGUUCCAAGUAUUCCACGACCUUCUGAGAGAAACGACUUGUUGCAUUAAUCAAAACAGGUGUAAUACUGGCAGAGAUAAUUUAGAUAUUACAAGGAUUCUUGGAGCAGAGCCUUAGGAUGAAAUAGUGUAUGGUUCAUAUAAUUAUGAAUGAUUAAGGUUGUUAGACUAUCUCCUUGUAGUCUUGGCCUUUUUUUUUACCCAAUGGUAAUACCAUCAUCUUACAUUUUCCCCCAAACCACUCUCUUCUCUAUUCCAGCAUGUCUACCUAUGGAAGCUCUGUCUUUCCAAUGUCCGCGUUUCCAUUAACAGGCAAGGGUAAAUAUCUAGGUCAGAAAAACCUCAACUCUGCCUUCUGGUUGGAUUCCUCGGUCUUUGCUACCUGGUACCACCUGGCAGUCUCCACUUGCCCUUAAGUUGUGAUGCUAAACCUGGCCUGAAGUUAGAAUUCUAAAGUAUUUUGCAAAGGAAGCAAAGUAGUUUUUAUGGUAGAGCUUCUGGGGGAAGAUCAGGAGAAAGUAGAUUGGAUAAAAAUAGGGAGAAAGUUACCAGAAAUUUUGGGAGAAUGAUGUGAGAGGAGAGUAGGAAAGUAUUUGAUGCGGGGGGCGGUUGUAGGUAGGGCUUAUAUUAAGAAGGGGUUUGGGAAAGUCAAUGUGAAAUUAGAAAGCAUUAGAAACUCUGACUUAUGUGAAAGAAAUAGUCAAUGUACUAGACAUGAGAGUCACAGUGCUUGUCACCAUUUUUGGGAAACUACUGCACAGCUACUCCUGACAACACGGCUUAAGCUACAAAGUUUCUAAUAAUCUUUCCUUGAUCACACUUGGCUGAGUGUUGGCCAGUUACUCUGUCUCUUAGCACGUGCUGUUGUUUGAAUAUCCCCCUCCAAAAUUCAUGUUGAAAUUUCAUUGCUAAUGUAACGAUAUUGGAAGGUGGGGCACUUAAGAGGUGCUGAGCUCGUGAAUUGAUUGAUGCUGUUAUCAUGAGGUUGGGUAAGUUAUUGCAGGAGUGGGCUCCUGCUAAAAAGGAUGAGUUUGGCCUGAUUUCUUCUCUGUCUUGUGUUCUUGCUUGAUCUUCCGCCAUGUUAUGAUGCAAUGAGAAGGCCCUCAUCAGAGGCCAGCAUCGUGUUCUUGGAAUUUUCAGACUCCAGAGCCAUGAGCUGAAUAAAUUUCUGUUCAUUGUAAAUUACCCAGUUCUGUUGUAGUGAUAGAAAAUGAAUUAAGACAGCAUGUGAGGGAUGCCCAGUCCUCAAAAAUAUUCAAAUAUCACCUUGUAUUCUACAUAUCCAUUGAUAAAAGCUGAUUGUUUUUAAUCUAUUGGCACAGCCCUGUAACAAAAAAUGUUAAGGAGAGAUAAGACUUUCAGAUCAUCACUGUAGUUUUCUUAACAGAAAUAAGUUAUGAAAUAACAAUAAUCACUGAAUUAUUAUUGGUUGACUUUAGUUUUACAUUUUAAAAAUGAUUUUAGCCAUCCUAUGCAUUAGAAUCUACAGGCAGUAUGAUAUGUAUUUU